GGCCAUGUCGAAGUGUCAGCGUCUGAUUCGAUGAGCCGCAGCAAAAUACCAAAACUCCUGCGCAGCUGGGCUCGUCACAUAACACCAAGACUCACGAAUUCACCGUUGUUUCGCGAAGAGAAGGAAGAAGGUCGUAGAGAAAGAUGGAGAAGAUGAUGGCUAUGAGAUCACUGUACCGCUCCCUCAGCUCCAGAUCUUAUGCGAUGGCUGCCGUCAACCACCAGCUGCUCCGCCAUUACUGCGGUGGUCGGAGCCUCUUCAAUCUCUCAUCCCCACCUGCCUCUUCUACCUCACCCAACCACACCCUUGCUUCUUCCGACUGCAGGUCUCCUUUUUCAAUGGGGUUGGGAAGUAGGCGUUUUUACAGUGAAGACCAUGUUCCCAUGCCUUCCAUAGCCGACCCUGAUCUAGAAAGAGCUUUCAAGGAUUUGAUGGCUACCAGUUGGGACCAUCUCCCUAAUCAUGUCAUACAUGAUGCAAAGGCUGCAUUAUCAAAAAAUACCGAAGACAAGGCUGGCAAGGAGGUUGUAGAGAAUGUUUUUCGUGCAGCCGAGGCAGUUGAGGAAUUUUCUGGGAUGCUCUUGAAUUUGAAGAUGGAACUUGAUGACACAAUUGGAAUGAGUGGCGAGAAUGUAAAACCCCUGUCAGAUGACCAUGUGAAGGCACUUCGCACUAUUUUUGAUCGCUACAAUACCUAUUUGGGUGCAUUUGGACCUAAUGAGGCUUAUUUGCAAAAGAAAGUAGAGACAGAGGUGGGGUCAAAGAUGAUAUACUUGAAGAUGAGAUGCAGUGGCAUGGGCUCUGAGUGGGGAAAGGUUACACUUCUGGGAACUUCUGGGCUUUCUGGGUCAUACAUCGAGCACAGAGCUUAGCCCCACAGUUAUGCAUAUUCUUAUUGUAUUUGCGAGCUUUCCUGUGUUUGGAGUCCUGUUUCUUAGUGUUUGAAGACAAGCUGACAUAUCCUCUCCUCCAAAACCAUAUUGUUUGGGUUUUGAUGUUAUUUAAUAAGAGCUUAACUUUGUCAACUACAAUGAGCGGAAAAAUGUACACCUUUUUUUUCUUGAUUAUAACCCAUAAUGCUAUAACUUCUACUUUCCUGCAGAAUAAGCAAGGUCUUGUUCAUUUU